CAGCUUAGGGUCUUACGCGUAUAAGAUGUGUGAACCUUGUCGUAAUCGUUAUCGUUCCUACGGUAUCACUAAGCGCGCUAAAUGGAAAGCUGAACGUGCUGCAUUUGAGCAAGAGCUGGAAACACUCAGAGAGGUGGAAGAUCAAAGGCGCAAGGAUGCAGGAUUGGCCGUAAGCUUGCAUUAUUUGCAAUGUUACCGCAACACUUACGCUUUCAUAGCCCUUGAGUGAAUCUCCGGAAGAUCUUCAAACAUGGGAGAUGUCCAUCAUCGACGAAAAGAUAACUGUACCUCAGGACAUCACAACUCUCUUGACGGCGUACUCAUCUCUUUCUCCCGCAACCUUAAUCAGAGCAACUGGGAGCCAACAACCCAUCGGUUCCACUUUAAUCCCAACCACAUCUACUCCUACUGACCAGCCCACGGCAACCGCAGUGAACCACUUCUUCCCUCCCUUACCUGUUCUUCCUCCCCGAAUGUGUACUGUUUCCCAUUGUCACAAGAUUCUUCCUGGACAUUAUAUGUUCAAACGCUGUGAGCAACACCGACUCCAGAAUAGACAUCACAGCAAACUCAAAAGAGUCAGGGAAAAGGUGGUCAAAUCUGCCGGACCUCCAGAGGGUUCUAUUGGUGAGACAUUUGAACAAGGCAGGGAAGAUAGCAUAGAUCCAGAGGACGAAAAGAUUCAAGAUGCUGGCGUGGAAUCAGAAGCGGAGGCUGCAAACAUUCCGUUUAUGGCCGACAAGGAGGUUUGUGAACUCGUAAUACAUCAGUUACACGUCUCACACUUCCGCUUCGUUCAAUUUAGGGGAGGAGAUCGUAUAGCUGCACGUCCAAAGACUGUCACAAUCUCAUUGGCCCCGGUGUUCGGUGGCGUAUGUGUGAUCCCUGUAGGGUGCAAAGGAAGGCCUUGCAAGCACGUCGUCGAGCGGAAGUUGAACAGGAAUUGAGGAAUGCGGAGAAGGCUUGGCAGCUUCAAGCACAGACUGAUGCUACUGCUCCCAAUUCGCCCUCCGUCCAUAUUCCAGUCG